AUGGCUUCAGACAAUGGCCUUACCUUGACCACCAUAGGCUGUGGUACCAUGGGUAUCGCAAUCCUCGGUGGUAUCAUGGACUCCCUGAACUCGGCCUCGAAAUCCUCAGAGAAGGAGGAGAACCUACCCCCUCGUCUACCCACUCGCUUCCUGGCCACAUGUCGUAGCGAUCGCAGUGCAUCUCGCAUCAAGAAUGAGCUAGGAAAAUACAAGGCCAACCUCGAUGUCAUUCAGUCGGACAAUGUGCGCGCUAUGAAGGAGGCCGAUGUCGUGCUUCUCGCCUGCAAGCCUUUCUAUGUCAAGGAUGUCCUCGAGGCAGAGGGUGUCCGCGAAGCUCUGGAGGGCAAGCUGUUGAUCAGCAUUCUGGCUGGUGUGCCUGAAGCUCAGCUCGAAGGCUUGUUAUACCCCGGUUUGUCCCACGAAGAAGUGCGCGAGAAGAUUACAAUCGUGCGCACCAUGCCCAACACAGCUUCCAAGGUUCGCGAGAGCAUGACUGUCAUCAACCAAUCCACCCCUCCUCUUCCCCAAGACACAAAGAACCUGGUUCAUUGGAUGAUGUCUCGCAUUGGAAAGGUCGUCGAGAUUGAGCCCAAGAACAUGGACGCCUGUACAGCCCUUUGUGGCUCGGGUCCCGCCUUUGCUGCCCUUAUCAUGGAGGCUCUCGCAGACGGUGGCGUCGCCAUGGGUAUUCCACGAGCUGAAGCAAACCUCAUGGCCGCUCAGGUUAUGAGAGGAACUACUGGAUUGGUACAGGAUGGUGAGCACCCUGCCAUCUUGAGGGAAAAGGUCUCAACGCCUGGCGGUUGCACUAUCGGUGGCCUUUUGGUCUUGGAGGAUGGAGCUGUGAGAAGUCAUGUCUCAAGAGCUGUCAGAGAGGCUACUGUCGUUGCCAGUCUGCUUGGAAGUGGUGCCAAGAACGUCAAUGGAACCAGGCAUUAA